ACCUAACAAUACUAUCUUGGAGAUCAUUUCCUUUUAGAGCUUCCUUAUUUUUUUGAACAAUUCUAUUCCGUUAUAUGGUUAUUACAUGAUUUAUUUAACUGGUUCCCUAGCAAAAGCUUAUGUCAUUGUUUGCAGUCUUUUGCUGUGAUGAAAAUCCCGUGGUGAGCAAGUUGUUCUUAUUCGCAUAUUUGCAAGUCCCACAUGAUAAUUCCUAGAAGUGGGAUUGCUGACUCAGGGCAUGCCAUUCCGUAUUGAUUUGUAAAGUGAAAGCAGAAAAAUGAGUGGACUAAUGAUCCCAUGUAGUUGACAAAGUCACCAGUCCCUGGGAGUGUUCUGCUCAUUGGCCUUAUGGCAUCUGAUAUCACUUCUUUUUUUGUGCACCAGGCUGGAGAAACCAUGUUCAAUCGUGCCAAGCUCCUCAACAUUGGCUUUCAAGAGGCCUUGAAGGAUUAUGACUACAACUGCUUUGUGUUUAGCGACGUGGACCUCAUUCCAAUGAAUGAUCAUAAUGCCUACAGGUGUUUUUCACAGCCACGGCACAUUUCUGUAGCAAUGGAUAAGUUUGGAUUUAGGUUAGUUUUUAGAGGCAUGUCUGUUUCUCGCCCAAAUGCUGUGGUUGGCAAGUGCCGGAUGAUCCGCCACUCAAGAGACAAGAAAAAUGAACCCAAUCCUCAGAGGUUUGACCGAAUUGCACAUACAAAGGAGACUAUGCUCUCUGACGGUUUGAACACACUCAGUUACAAGGUGUUGGACAUAGAGAGAAACCCGUUGUAUACCAAAAUCACAGUGGACAUCGGGACACCGAGCUAGCAUUUUGGUACACUAAUAAGAGACCUGAAAAUGGCCAGGGACCUCUGCUGUGUGUCUCUGCCAAUCUGCUGGGCCGGUCCCUUUCAUUCUUAACAACCAGAGUGAUAGGCCCCCUCCAGUCAUCAUUCAGAUGCCUUUCCAGAUGACCAGGACGAGUGGGAUAUUUUGCCCCCAACUUGGCUCAGCAUGUGACUUCUUAGCUCUACGAGGUGUUUGUAAAUGUAGAAACUAUCAGCCUUUGGGGGAAUCUCGGCAUGUUCACAGUGUCACCCCAAAGAAUCAGUACACAGCCCCAAAUUUGGUGACUGUGGGACUCAUUUCCAGUGAUAAACUCCUAAUCUGUUGUGAAAUAGGUAAGAAUUUCGCUUUAAAUUGUGGUAUUCUUAUUACUUCAUGAAAAAUCGGAGAGUGCUGCUGAAAUCGGAUUGGUGUGAUGUUUUUUGUUUGCAUAUUCUAACAGAAAAACACAAUCUCGACCUUUCUCAUUUUACUCCUCCCCCACCUUUUAGCAGUAUGCAGCUACCACAAUCACUUGUGUGCGUAUGUCUUUUCUUAGCAAAAGGAUUUUAAAACUUGAGCCUUCGACCUUUUGCCCUGCUAACGUGUGAAUUCCAAGGCAACGUUAGCCAUCAGAGCAAAAGCCUUGAGUGUCCUCAAAUUCAGUGGCCUUUCUCCAGAUUGUCUGAUUUCUGAAUGUAAAGACUUUUUUUUUUUUUUUUUAAAGCAGUUUGUAGUAUUUUAAAGAAAGAACAAAUCGGGUUUUAUUAUGAUCUAGCUUGAUUUUGUGUUGACCCAGAUUUGCAUAGCUGUUUAGUGUUAAAUCAUGACAAUUUAUUUUUCUGAGCAUGCUAUAUAAACUUGAAUUUCCUAUGUAUUUUUAUUGUGGUGUUUUAAACGUAGGGAGGGGAUUGAGCAUUUUUUAGUGGGAGAAAUAGCAUAUGCUGUAGUGGCCUGAUUUGGCCGGCAGGUCAGGUUUUGUAAAGAGCAAAAUCACUUUUGGGCCCUUUGAGGGCAAGACCUCCCUGGUCAGAGUUAUCCUGCUAGACCUCUGGGGGAGGCAAAAGCCUAGGUCUGCCAGGCAGAGCUCCCCACCUCCCUACCCUCCCCAGGUGGGAGGGAACCUCCUCCACCCCUCUUCCCACUGACCCUGGGACCUCCCUUUAGGGCCCUAGGCUGUGGAGUUCUAAAUGAUAGCAAUCAGGUUGUUUACUGGCCCUUAGUCUGGGGAGGGGGAGGAAAUCACUGCUCUGGCCCCUGUGGAGUCCAGGGGCCACCUCCUUCACUGUGCUAGCCACAUUGCCUGGCCUACCUUGCUGGACCCAUUCUCCUUCCUCCCCCCUUCUCCUUUCUCCUUUCUGUCUCCUUUCUCCUUCCUUCCUCUCCGUUUUUGUUCCUUUGCCUCUUGCCUGUUCCCUAAAACUUGCCUGUGGCACUCAGGGUCAAACAGACUAUUCAUUCUCCAGCAUGAAUGUGCCUUUUAAUUAGAGAUCUAGAAAGUUCAGCUGAACCCUCCCACACUCCCUCACAACCACUCUGGUGCCUAAAGCCUCCCAGUCCCCUUCAGGUUUUUAGCAGGUGCUUGCACUCCAGGGAGGCUGAUCCACAGGGGUGUAUUCCCCAGACCCACCUCUCCUGGGGGAGAGCGAGGACUGCCUGGGGUGGGAUGCACAAGGCAGUUGCUACCCCUGGCUGCCCUUGUCGGGUCCAGCCUGAGCUAAGGGCAAAAAGAGUCAGCUAUCUAAUCCCAGGGUUGACCCUUUAGCUGGUGGCAGCCCAGAGCCCCACCACUGGCCUCCUGGAAGCCAGCCCUCAGUGUGGAGGCUGAACUGGUGCCCAGCCCUGGUCUUACCUGUGCCUUUAUCGCUUUGAGCAUCUUGGAUGCUACCAUGGUUCUUUUCCAGAAGCCUUUGUAUUGGUUAAAAAUUAUUUUCCACUGCAGAAGCAGCUGGGCUAUGCGAAGAGUAUUCGUUCGGUCAGUCCCCCUUUCCUUGACAGGGGUGUCAGUGGAACCAGGAAUGACCGCCCUGAGAGGGAGUUUUGGGAAAUACAAAGAAUGAAGACCUCUCCUCUCCUUCUGUCCCCAGAUCCUGGCUUUUCCAAAGUGCCUUAAAAGAAGGGAGACAAAUAUCCUGAGUUGUAACUUCUUUAUUAUAUACUUUACUCUUACAAAAAAAUUCUGACUUUUUUUUUUCCUCCUGUUUUCCUGUUACACUUUCCUUCAUGUUCCACUGGAAUAGUCAAGUGUGUGGUUCGUUCUCAGAACCAAGGGAGCUUCUGCUUCACCUGUUCCCCACUUGCUGACCUUCUGGUGCUUUCAUGGGGCCCACUUGGGCCCAAGGUUAGGCCCGGAUGCUUGCCUGGUUUAUAAGAUGCUGUGGGCCCUCUUUCCUCCCUGAGGAGGUUAGGGCUGAGGGUUCAGGGAGCAUUUCCUUCACCUGGAAGGUGUCACCAUGAAGUUGUUAUGUGCUGUGUCUUUCUCUGUUUCUGUCCAUCCCGAUGCUGGUGACCCCGUGAAGUGACCUUUGGGAAAGAUUAGAAGGCAGAGGUGGCACGAGAGGGUAGAAGAAAUGCUGGUGCUGGCUCUCAGUCUGGGCAGGGUCUCUGCUGACCUCAGGGCUGGGCGUGGGUGCCCCACUCAGCCAGUACGGCAGCUGUCCUGUCCCAGAGACCUGUUGUGCUGUGUAUUUCGAUCUCCCAUGUAUGCAAAUGUAUGUGUUUACCAUUGUAAGUGGGAGGGGGGAAUGUCUGACCUUGGUGUUCAAAACAGAACUGUAUUUUUGUCUUUAAAAUCCAGUAAUAUAACGUGAAUAAAUGACCUUAUCUUUGUAACCUCA